UUCAGUCAUUCUCUUUGGUUCCUUGGUCCUUGACACACACAUUGUGCAUUGGUACCAUAUAACAAACCCAGAAAUGGUUUCUCAUCUCUCCCUCUCCAUCCUCCUCCUCAUCUUCUCCAGACUCUCAGGUGCUUAUCGUGUGUCUGUGAAGACAGGAGACUCCAUCACCAUCCCAUGUGCCUAUGAUCAUUAUUAUAUCAAACAUUCUAAAUACUUAUGUAAAGGAGAUCAUUUUGAUAGUUGCUCCCAUGCUGUACACGCUAAACCUCCUAAGGGCACAGCAAAGGCCUCAGUCUUUGAUGACAUCAAUCAGCUAACCAUGACCGUGACCAUGACUGAUCUGGAGCCAGAGGACUCUGGACGUUACUAUUGUGCUGUGGAGGUCAAUGGUGGACCAGAUGUCAGGGCAGAAUGGUUCCACCUAUCUGUCAUACCAGGUACUCCAGAACUCUAUGUGGACCAACAGGAGGUGACAGGAGUUGAAAGAGGGAGUGUCAUUGUAAAUUGUUACUAUAAUAACACUGGAAAUAGUAAGAGGUGGUGCAGAAUUGCUGGCAGUGGGUCCUGUGUGGGGGUGGAUUCUGGGACAAUAAACGGAACAUCAGUGACUCUACAGCAGACCACUGAUGCCACCAGAAGAAACAUCUUAAUGGUGACUAUGAGUGGACUGAAGAUGGAGAACACUGGCUGGUACAGGUGUGGAGUGGGAGACCUUAUAAUGCCUGUUCACAUCACUGUCAGACAACAAACCACCACACAAAAUACCUCCACUAUGACCACUGCUGUGCCUGUUCAGACUGACAACACAGUCCAAGGACCUGAGGGGGGCAAGGAGAAGGUCACCAUGAGUUCCAUAGAUGUAACAGUUCUACUGGUUCCUCUGGGCAUGUUGGUGGUGGUGAUAGCUGGUGUUCUAGUCACAUGGAAGAUGUGGAGAAAGUAUAAGGACAAUAAGGCCAUGGACCAGACAACAAACACCUCAGUGGACCCAUUUCCUGCCAAUGGUGAUGAUGUGACAUACAGCACUGUUGUCCCCAAGAGGAGGAACCAGCUAAAUGUACAGACCAAGGCAGAACCUGAUGAUAAUGUGGUCUACAGCUCGCUAGCCCUACAGCUGGAUCCAUUUCCUGCCAAUGGUGAUGAUGUGACGUAUAGCACUGUUGUCCCCAAGAGAAGGAACCAGCUAAAUGUACAGACCAAGACAGAACCACAUGAUAAUGUGGUCUACAGCUCACUAGUCCCACACCGCAGCAGAGGGCAGCAACACAGCAGUGACUGACUGAGUGAAGAUCUUGGUCCAAAAGAGCCCUCAUCCUGGAAGGAUAGCCCACUCCCCUCCUGUGUCACAACAUGAGUCAUGACCAUCUACCUGCCUCCAAUAUGCUUCUGCCCACACCUUCUAACCCACCUGUCUCCUUGUUGUGUCCAUAAACUACUGAAGACAGUCUGCUGUGCUUGUUUUGAUUAUCACCAUAUACACCUUAGUAUGUGGACACAUUCGGCUAUUUCAGCCACACCCGUUACUGACAGGUGUAUAACAUUGAGCACACAGCCAUGCAAUCUCAUUACACAAACAUUGGCAGUAGAAUCGCCCGACCUCACUAAUGGUUUUGUGGCUGAAUGGAAACAAGUACCCGCAGCAAUGUUCAAACAUCUAGGUGAAAGCCUUCCCAGAAGAGUGGAGGCUGUUUAUAGCAGCAGAGGGUGGACCAACUCCAUAUCAAUGCCCAUUAUUUUAGAAUGAGAUAUUUGACGAGCAGCUGUCCACAUACUUUAGGUCAUGUAGUGUAUCUGUUAUAUUAGUCAUGUCCCGCCCACCUACAGUACUCCAAUGCCCUUGUCACUUUUUAAUCUUAUUGAUAUCAUGUAUCUAGUCAAAUGUAACUGAUUAUGAUCAAAUAUGUAUAUUAAAUGAACAAGCUGUGUAACAAAAUAAAAGGCUAAUGCUGAAUGCAAAA